UGUGCGCUGAGGGUUUGUACUUCGAUCGGGGUCACUGUGAACAUAAGUAGCUUUUAGUGCAAAACUAUGACGACCGAAGAAAUAAAAAUCGUGAAGGACCCGUUCCCCUCGCCAGUUGGGUUUGAAAAAUGGAUUGCACGGUUGCGGAAAUACCGAUUUAAGGAAAAAAAGCCAUCGUAUUACGACUCACCUGCUGACAAAGAUCUUUUAAAGAAGAGCGUCAUACUUGGAAGAAGUGCUUUGGCUACUAGUGCAUAUAUCGGUUUAUGCGAUGCGUUUUUAAUUCGCGAAUACACGCAGGUGCUUCCGAUCCUUUGGCGAGUUGCGUACUGGGGUGUACCAACCUUCGGUUCGUUCGGAGCUUUCAUCCUCGGGAACGCACUGGCUGUAAAAGCGAACGGCGGUAGAGACAUGCCUGCAUGUCACAUUGCAGGUGCCUUAACCUGGAGUGCAGUGUGGGCAAGGUUCUUCAGGAGUCCUUCGUUAUGUUGGAUAGUUGGAGCACCACUAGCCGCCCUGAUGUUCUAUACCAAGCACGCGCGUGAUAAAGGUCAUAUCUAUAACUUCUUAGUUGGGGCGCCUGAAGUAACGACCUACUACGUAACAGAUACUCCAUAUGAAAUUCAGAAACUUAACUUGUCAUUUCGGACUUACAACGCAGAGAAAUAUACGGAAGAAAUUUAGAAGUUAGCUACUCUGUCUGUGCAUGAAAUGAACGAGCUUGUUCCAUGCUAAUGCGCUGAUAAAUGUCAAUGUUUCUUGGCAGAAGACAGAGCUAAUACGAAUCAACAAUUAAAACAGUCUUCAGUAGUUAUAAUGUCAAUUGCAUAGUUUAAGCGAGGUUAACCGCGAGGAAAGGUCGCAUGAAUAAAUGGUGUUUUAUUUAGCCCCA